GAUGAUUUUCCUUAAUGGCUGGUAGCUUCUUCGUGCUUAUUGGCUGCGGGAUAGUGGCUGCUAGCUUCAGCCUAGUUAUGUAAUUACAUAAAUAGAAAUUAUGGCCAUUAUCAUUUUAUUAGAAAGGAGUUGUCAAGCAAAAACCAAUCAUGGUCGUUGUGCAUGUAUCGUGCUUGCAUGUCUUUGUGUAUUCCAAUACGGACUUCGGGAGAUGAAGAUGGCACAAUUAUUUUAUUACGUAUUCUCUUGAGAAGCAUGUAUAAUUCUUCUAGAGAACGAAAGCCACGAGGUAAUUUGCGAGCUAAUUAAAAUGCGACAGGGUGCGACGGUGAAUUACGAGCCCAAUUAAAAUACGAAAGGGGUACCAAGUGAGGGGAAAAGAAAAGAUAAAAAUGUGGACCUAACUCCAGUUUGAAGCCCGAUAUCGGCCUUUAGUGUAGAGUGUACACGAGUGUUUUUCUGACACUUUACACACAAUACGUUGAUGUAGAGUGUACAUGGGAUUUUUUAAAUGACACUCUACACCUGAGUAGUGAGAGUAUGUUGUCAGUGAUUUUUCAAGAAACGACGUACACGCUACACACAAAAUGUAGGUGUAAAGUGGCGGCAGCUAUCGGCCAUCGUGCUUUAAUGUACAUCAUAUAUGUACAUGUAGUAGACGGACUAGAUUAUUCUUUGUUAUCAGUAACAUAUAUCAGUGAAAAACAACGGGAAAAAUAAUUCGUUAAACGAAUAUAAAGUCAUUUUAAGUACAUAUAAUGAGUUGGCAUAAUAAAACACUUUAGAAAAAUUUGUGAAUUCUUUUUGGAUUUGGAAAUUGACAAGAAAUCCUGUUUCUAUUUACAAAAAAUUGGCGAUUUCGCGGAUAAAACCCAGGAGAUUCCGGGGACUUCGCCCCACUGAGCCCCCACCAGGACCCUGGUGCCACUGGGAGCUUCAAGGCGGCCCUAUAACCCUUUGUCGUACUUUUCGUAAAAAAUGAUUGAAUAAGGACUAUACAUUUAUUAUGCAUUAACUUCUAAAAUCAAUAUUCUGGCACCAUGUGACUUUUAGAUUACCAAUUGCUCGUUCUUUACAGUGGGCGUGUCCAUUUUACGGUACCUAUUCUAAAAUCGGGGUGUCGACAGAAUUAGAACUGAUAAAAUACCUGGGCCUCUGCGGAGUUCUGUGGAUAAACAGCCAAGAAAUUCAAUUUAUCAGAGUCGUUCCGUGCAGUUUAUAUUUACAGUGGGGACUGUCAGGUCUUACCGAGUACAUUAGAUUUAAUUUUAUCUCAGUUCCUUGAUUUCACCCCAGUACAGGUACAAUAGAAGUUUCGCUUUAGUAAUGACUAUCUGGUGUUGUUUAUCCUCGAACACGUCUAGUAUAAAGCGGCGUUAUACUUCACCGUCACGGAUUAAAGUGAACGUUGGUUAAAAGAUGUGAAAACUGAAAAACAGACACAAAACAGCACCAUGAGAGGCUCAACAAAGCAACUAAGAACUAAAUUUGUGGUAUGUGUCGUUCUGGUGUCGACAGUGCUGGCAAUACACAUUUGGAAAUCUAACGACGCAGCUUCAUCGGAGAAGGCACGCCAGGAGCCUUACCGGUUCAUAGCCCGGAACCUGAAAUAUGUUAAAAACGGAACUCUAACUAUAUAUGGAAACUUUAAAGAUCGCGAAAAUUUAGAUAACAUGCUGGAAAUUAAUAAUAUAUCUAUGAUAAUCAAAGAAAUUAUAAAGGAUUACGAAGAAAGGAAAGCCGCUCAAAAAGCCAAAUGGCGUACACACCGAGAACAGUUUAGUGUCAGUGCUGAUGUAAAUAAAACUCUCGUUUCAUACUCUCCAUUGUACAAAAUACCAGAGAUAAAUUCAACUCCAUCACAAAAUGCCAUUUUGCCGAAGUAUUUUGCAAGCGAUCCGUCUACGAGAAACGUUAACUGUCAGCUGCUCUUCCAAGGGGACACAAACGAAGUCGAAAAGGCUCUUCGUUUAAGCAAAUCUCUUUCUCUCAAAACAACAGAGAAAAUGUUUAUCAACCAGACGAAGGACUGCAAGAAAUUCAUCAGUAACAGAGGGUAUAUCAUGGACUCGUUAAAUGAAGAAGAGAAAAACUUCUCCAUCGCUUACAGUAUGAUGGUUUAUAAGAACCCGGAGCAAUUUGAGAUUCUAUUAAGAGCCAUAUACCGUCCACAAAAUAUCUACUGCAUUCACGUGGACAAGAAAACGCCUCAAAGUGUCUACAAUGAAUUUGCAAGUAUUAUUAGGUGUUUUCCGAAUGUAUUUUUAGCUUCCAAGAGAAUAGCUGUGUAUUGGGGAUACGGGAGCGUACUGACCCAGGAAUUAGUUUGUAUGGCGGACUUGCUUAAAUAUAAAAAGUGGAGGUACUUUAUCAAUUUAACGGGUCAGGAAUUUCCUUUACGGACAAAUUACGAAAUGGUGAAGAUCCUGCAAAUUUAUAACGGGGCCAAUGAUCUGGAAUCAACGAUCCGGCGUGCUAACAAACUCCGUUGGUCAGCCGCAGGACCGCCACCUCACCAGAUCCGCCCAGUCAAAGGAUCCGUGCAUAUCACUGUCAACAGAAAGUUUGUGGACUAUGUUAUAAACAACCCCAUUGCCAAGGAUUUCUUGAACUGGACACAGAGAGUAGCGGUGCCAGACGAGACCUUCUUUGCUUCUAUGAACCACAAUCCUCAUUUAGGGAUUCCUGGAACCUAUAAAGGUGAGCCUGAGACUGAUCGAUCUGAAAAACCAUUUUUAACUCGAUUUAAGAAUUGGGGCACUGGAGUCUUUAACUGGCCUUGCAAUGGUCGUCGUGUGAGGCAAAUUUGCAUCUUUGGUAUUCGUGACCUUUCCCUUUUGGCUCGAAGGCCAGAGUUCUUCGCCAAUAAAUUCUACCUGUAUUAUCAGACGUACGCCCUACAGUGCAUGGCAGAACUACACUUUAACAGAACACGAGACGAAUAUCUCCAGCGCCUGCAAUUUCAAACAGAGUAUUACGAAAACUUAGAGUUCAUCAAACACGUUGUGUAAAAGCUGUAUUUUAUUAUGUUUUGUUGAUACUUGUUGAUAGUUUGUUGAUAAUUCUUCAAGAAUUAUUAGUCUAAGAAAUGUUACUCGAGUGAAUGUUAUGAUAUCGAUCUCCAAUUCAUGUGAAUUAUAGCUGUAUAUAUUGUAUUAACUAGCUUCGUUAAAUACAGUUGACAUAUUUAUACAAAAACAACUUGCUUCCUGUAAAAAUACCCAAUGGGAACAAAAAUUAUUUUUCACUAAUACUAUGAUCACACUGUCAUUUCCAAUCAAUACAUACCUCUAACAUAACAUACUCGUAUAUACUAUUCAAAAUACAUUGUGUAUACUUCCCAAUUUAUGACACAUUGCAUGCGAAAAUAUACCGGUACAUAGGCCAGCAUGCAAUCUAUGCUCUUUACUAGGUCACCUGAGUCACGUUCAUCUACUUUUAUCUGUUUCCGUCGUGCGUCGGUUGUAAACUUUUGAACAUUUUCAGCUUCUUCUCUGGAACGACUGAACCAAUUUCAAACAAAUGUUGGCCUGGAAUAUAACAUCUCCUGGCCUGGAAUAUAACAUUUGUGGGUCGUGGAAAAAAUGUGAUUUUCAUGAUCUCUGGCUCCCUGAGGGGUCCGACCAAAACCAUCAAAAUGAAUGUAAUCUUCAAAAGUCUUCUUCUCUACUCCUGGACAUCAAACACUCAAGCAAUUGGCAUGAUUAUAAUAAGCAAUACGCCCUUAUCAUAACUAAGAAAUCCAUGACUCCUGGGUUCCUAUCCCAGGGUUGGGCUCAGUUAUUCAUAUACUGAAAAUGCAUUAUUGUAUCUUUUAAAAUCCUCUUUACUUCUGAACACCAAGCAGUCAAACUGUUGGCAUAAUGAUAAUGUGCAAUGAGCCCUGGACGGACCAAAACUGUGAAAUUCAUGACCUCUGGUUUCUAGAUUCAUGCCUCGGGGUGUAGUUAAGUUAUUCAAAUAUAAAAAAUGCAUUUUAUCUCAGAAAAUCUUCUUUACUUCUGAAAAUUAAAGAGGCAAAAUGUGUGCGUGAUUAUUAUAAUCACUGCAGCCCAAAGGCUAUCCUAAAUUAAUAUACAUUGUAUAUUGAGUCCUCUACCAAAAACUGUGAAAUUCAUGAUCCCUGGGUUCUGACCCUAGGGUGGGACUAUGUUGUUAAUAUACCUAAAAUGCAUUAUAUCUUAGAAAAUCUUUUUCUUUACUUCUGGACACAAAAGCGUCAAACUAUUGGCAUGAUUAUGAUGAGCAAUGAGCCAUAUACCAAAACUGAAAUCAAUGAUCCAUGGGUUCAGGCGCUAGGGUGGAGCUAAGUUGGCAAUAUAUUGGAUUGAAAUAUAAUUGCUUAUUGUAAUUAGUAAUUACAAUAAUUGGAUACUUUGCAUUAUAUCUUAGAAAAUCUUCUAUACCUCUGAAAAUCAAGGAGGCAAAAAUAUUUGCAUGAUUAUAAUGAGCAUUGAACCCUCGACGAGAACUGUGAAAAUGACCCCCAGGUGUACGUCAUGUACUGAAAAUGCCUCAUAUCUUAGAUUUUUAUUUUACUUCUGGGCAUCAAAGAAUCAAACUGAUAUCAAAACUGUAAAUUUCAUGACCCCAAGAUUCAGGCACCAGGGUUUGACUAAACUGGUCAUAUAUAUUAUGUCGAACAUAUUCUUUACUGUUGGGUAUCAAGCAGACAAACUGUUUGUAAAAUUAUGAUAAGCAAUGAUCCUUGGAUUCAAGUCCCCUGGGUGGGGUUUAGUUGAUCGUGUGUUGAAAAUGCAAAAUAGUUUAGAAAUUUUUUAUACUUUUGGACAUCAAGCAAACAAACUCUUUGCGUGAUUAUAAUGAGCAAUGAGCCCUCUUUGAAAACUUUUUAAAAAAUAACUACCCUUUUAAAGCUCAUAUAGAAAAUUUCAUAUCGGUUUGAUGUGAUAAUAAAAGACUUAAAUCUCCUAAACCAAAAAUUGGAAAUGAUUGAUUGUGUGUGAUAGUUAUACCAAUAUAUGUAUCAUCCAGUACAGAGUACAGUAUCAGAAUGGAGAAGUAUGAAAAACACAUGUGAUAACGCAGUGAUCUCUAAACACCACAAAAUGUGCAUACUCAGGUGACCGUCAAGGCCCGAGGGCCUUUUGUGUGAACUUAAAGUAGGGGUCUAGUAGUGUGACGUCAUGUCCGGAUCGAACUCUGGUAUUGGUUCACGUACUAUUAUUAUCAAACGUAUUUAUACAUUUGCCUGGAUGUUUUUUAAUUUAGUAAAAUGAAUACAAUAACACUCGAUCACUUAUAUUUGAGUAGACUAUGGCUCCAAUCUUCUUUCCAUUUUUUGUCAUCUAAUUCACACAUAAAACCAGAGGUACAUAUUUGUUUUAUUGAUAUACAGGGGUAUUACAUGUUAAAAUUAUCUGUAAAUUAAAAAAAAAUUCAUGAUAUGCAUUAAUGGACUUGUGGAAUUAAAUAAAACAAUUCUGCACUUGUUAUAUUCUAUUAUGUGAAAAUCAUCUUCAAAUUAAUGGCUAUUUUGGACAAAAAAUGUAAAUAUAAAUCGAGACGCUGUGAAAAUAUUAUGCUGAGAAAGGGCAGAUUUUUAAAAUGUAUUUUAACAAGCAUUCAUAUAUGAAAAUAAUAUGUGAGUUUGAAUGAAAAAUCACAAGUCAAAUUUUUAAAAUAUUCAUAUUAGUGGUGUUGCAGUGCCGUAUUUUUGACUGCCGAGGGCCUGUAUUGAGUUCAGUUUUGUACCACCAUUAUUGAAAACCAUGAAACUGUGUUAAAAUGUCACUUUUAAUUAUUUAGUUAGACAUAUUUAUUUCAUAAUUGAGGGAAAAAAAUUGCAGCAUCAUACCUCAAACAAAAUUUUAUGGACAUAUUCUAGGAUUUCUUCAAUGAAUUCUGAUAUUGCCGUUUGAUAAAUGGGGGUACACGUAAUAAAAAUACCAUAAUUUACUCAUUAUACUGACAACCCCCCAUUUUUUUGUUUUUGUCAUACCCUCAAAUGAACAAUCUAAGUAUUUAAACUCAAAUUUUUGAGAAAUCACAAGUAGUUCCAGGACUAGGGACCUACCUUAAGCUUACAACACUCAUAUCAACAAGCAAUCGGAAGAGAUUCUGUCAUCUAAAAUUUUGACAAAGAAGAAUCCUAAGUAAUUCUCUUUUCCCCAAACUUUAUAUUCCUAAAUCGGAGGGGGGCACCGUUCGCCCCUCAAUUCAUUCAGGUUAAAGUUCUUACCAUUCAUUACUACCACCAAAAAUGUGGGAUGUGGGCCAAUCCACCAAUAUAUCUUACUUGACUUUGUUUCGAUUGUAGUUCCACUUUGUUUGCCAAACUUUUUUCAUCAUGUUUUCAUUAAGGUAGCUCCACCCGUAUGUGACUUAUCAAUAUUAAAGAUUGAAAGUGGAAAAACCGUAUCAAUUUCCACUCAGUAUAAUUUGAUUUAAUUAAUAGCCAAAGAAAAAAAUUUAUGUUGCCAACCCUUUUUUAAGAUGUCAGACAUACAAAAACAGAAGUAUAGGUCAGCAUAAAAAAAUCCUACAUUUUCGUAAAAUAGAAUAUAUCUGGUGCAAUUCCUAUUUAAAUUUUGUGACCAGUUGAGGGCGUUGAAUUAAAACGAUAUCAAUGUCUACCCCUGAUAAGGAUACAUGCGUUUUUUGUUCGUUACAAAGCAAACAGAGGUAUUUUGUUGUGUGUUGAACCAGAAUGUCUUUUAGUAUUGAUAUCUGAAGGUCUUUCAGUUGAAAAUUUAAAUUUCGCCGUUGUAAACAAACUUUGCUUCGAACUUCAUUUGUGGUGGGAUGUCGGUGAGGGGUAUAUGUAUCCUCGGAUUGACCGACCUUCCACUUUAAAUUGGUGAGACGACCAGAGCUCUUUAGAGAAUCUGCCGCAUACCCUACUUGUGUUAAGAGGAGUUGCAUUUUAACAGGACAAGGGACGAAUUUUACAAGUGAAUACAACUCCAGACCGACUAGUAUGAGAGUUUAGAGUAUCUCAAAAAUGUGGUUUAAAAUUCUUUCUCAUCAAUAUUCAUUUGGUGUAAUAUGUAUUUAUCAUAAUUAUUAUGAUUUACAGUGUAUAUGACUGAAGUCAUGAUUUCUCAAACUCAUGUCACCCUUCCUCCAGAAUUGUACCUUUAUCAUCAAUACGGACUGCCAAAUUAACAUAAACUCAAAUAAUUUAGUUGAAAGAGAGCGAUAAUUCAAUUAAUGUGUGUAUCAUUUGAAGUAAUGCGCGCAAUUAAUGAAUUAAUCCUAUAUUCAAUUGAAUUAAUGAUAUCAAUAAUUCAAUGGACCGAUUAAUCAAUUAGAAACAUUUUCAAUUCAGCGUAUUCACAAUAAAUUUAAUGAUCUCUUUUAUUAAAUUUUAAGUCCUAUUACAAACUCUUUCUCAAUGAUUCAAGUCUUCAGUUGAAUGAAGUAGAUAGUGAUUUGAUGCCGAGUGAUUCAGUUAAUAUCUUCACGAGAUUAAUGAUAUUAUAGGAUUAAACAUUCUUUUUGAAGAAUUUAUCGAUGUGUAAACUCCGGACAAUUUACUCACAAACUGAAUAAAAGUGCGAAGCACUUUUAUGUUAAGUUUGUGAGUAAAAUGUCCGGAGUUUACACAUCGAUAAAUUCUUCAAAAAGAAUGUUUGAUUCUUAUAAUUCCAAUUCGUUCACUUUAUUAACAAUUGCAAAAAUUUGAAUAGUUUCCCUGCACUAUGUUAUUUGUUUUCAGGCGUGUAUGAAUAUAUCGCGUUUUCGGAUUUAUUGAUGUGUAAACUCUUGUUCAGCUUUAUUUUUGUCCAAUCAAAACAAUUGUAAUAAAUGAUAUUGGAAUUAUCA